UUCGUUUUAUCUACUUGCUUUCUCUCAUGCAUUUAUGUCAAGAAGAAUUGGCAUAAAUUAUGGUCAAUUGGGAAGCGAUUUGCCAUCUCCAUAUCAAUCGAUCGAAUAUCUCAAGUCGAUGAAAGCCGGUAUGGUGAAGCUCUAUGAUGCCAAUCCUGAAACUCUAAAGCUUUUAUCAGGAACAGAUCUUCAUGUCUCAAUAAUGGUGAAAAAUGAACAACUAUCCAGCAUUGCUUCAAGUGAAAUAAUGGCCGAAAAUUGGGUACGCGAAAAUGUUCUUGCGUACUACCCCAACACGAAGAUCAGAUUCAUACUUGUUGGAAAUGAAAUUUUUACCUACAAUGAUCAGAAAAUGUGGCUUGAUCUUGUACCAGCCAUGAGCCUAAUCGAGAAAUCAGUGGCUGCACAUAACAUUCAUAACAUAAAAGUGGGGACUCCACUGGCUAUGGACGUAAUGGAUUCGACUUUUCCACCCUCAAGUGGGAAAUUCAGUUCUAGAAUUCCGGAGAAGGUGAUGGUAUCGUUGCUCGAAUUCUUGAAUUCGACUCGAUCAUUCUUUUUCAUAGAUGCGUACACUUAUUAUCCAUGGUCAUUGGAUCCAUCGAAUUUGGACUUAGAUUAUGCAUUACUUAAGGGCGGAAAUCUAACUUAUAAGGAUCCAGUAAGUGGCUUGAUUUACACAAAUCUUCUCGAUCAGAUGCUUGAUUCUAUCAUCUUUGCCAUGCGGAAACUAGGGUUUCCAAACAUCAAGUUGGCAAUAGCAGAAACUGGUUGGCCUAAUGCAGGUGACAUUGAACAAUCCGGUGCGAAUGUAUACAACGCUGCGACUUACAACCGGAAUCUUAUCAAAAAAUUGACCGUCGAUCCUCCAAUUGGGACACCGGCUAAACCCGGUGUUGUCAUUCCAACCUUCUUAUUCUCUUUAUAUGACGAGAAUCAGAAAUUCGGGCCAGGAACAGAAAGGCACUGGGGACUGUUGAAUCCGAAUGGGACUCCAAUUUACGAAGUGGACUUAACCGGAGCACUAUCCGAACAAGAUUACACCAAUUUGCCCCAGCCUUUGAAUAACAAACCAUACAAAGGGAAGAUAUGGUGUGUAGUGGCAAAUUCAGCAAACAUAAUGGAUUUGGGACCAGCUUUGGGUAUGACAUGUGGCCAAGGCAAUGGGAUUUGUGAUGAACUUGGCCCGGGGAAAGGGUGCUAUGAACCAGUGUCUGUUGUUAACCAUGCAAGCUAUGCAUUCAGCUCAUAUUGGGCUAAGUUUAGAGACAAUGGUGCAUCAUGCUACUUCAAUGGUCUCGCUGUUCAAACCACGAUUGAUCCAAGUCAUGGAUCGUGCCAAUACCCAAGUGUCUCGUUCUAAAGAGGAUGGUUCAAAUGGAUAGCUUGAAGACACAAAUUUUUUAGUUUAUGCAUUUUUUCUUUCCCAAUAUUUAGUUUUCUAUUUAAUUAUCCUCCGAAAAUUUUUGUUUAGGGAUCAAAUGUAGCUUUCUUCUACACAAAAGCUUUAAAUUACAGGAAUUUGAAU